AUGUCCACCUUGAAAGAGAUCUUAACCGGCUGCCUGGUCGCCGCGACGAUCCGGCUCACGGUACCGGCCGGGGUGGCCCGCCCGGCUUCUUUGGUUGGGCCAGCUCUAGUUCAAUACCGGCUCAACCUCAUGAUGUUCUGCAAAGACUUCAACGCUCGGACCCAAAAAUACAUGCCUGAAACCCCAAUGUCCAUCACCAUCACCGCCUUCAAAGACAACACCUUCGAAUUCACUGUCAAAUCCCCAUCGGUCACGUUGUACCUAAAGAAGGCCGCUGGGACUGAGUGGGGCAGUAGCCAGCCCGGCCACACCAUCGCUUCUACAAUCACACUCAAGCAUGUGUACAAGAUCGCCAAGGUGAAGCAGUCCGAUCCUUAUUGCUAGUACAUGCCGCUGGAGUCCAUCUACAAGUCAGUGAUUGGGACCACGAACGCGAUGGGGAUCAAGGUCCAGAAGGAGCUGGAUUGAUGGUGGGGAUUGAUUG